GAAGCUGCUCAGCUGGCAGGUAGUGAUGGUGCUGCGCGAUGGAUCGAAAGCGAACCGCGAGGACAAUGUUUAACCUGGAACAUCUGGCAGAGUGAGCAAAGUGCAGUGUGGUGGAGACUAAAAAAGGAAAAUAAUGGAAAGAGGAAGAGGACGAAGGGAAAUGCCAGGUGUCAACAGGAAUAUCUACCCCCAGCAGUACAAUUACCCUUCCUCACAAAACCUAGAAAUACAGGAACUGGCGUCCAAAAGAGUGGAUAUUCAAAAAAAGAGAUUUUAUCUGGAUGUCAAGCAGAGUGCUCGAGGCCGUUUCUUGAAGAUAGCGGAAGUCUGGAUUGGGAGGGGGAGACAAGAUAACAUCAGGAAAAGCAAACUAACUUUGUCUUUGUCUGUAGCAGCUGAACUUAAAGAUUGCUUAGGAGAUUUCAUUGAACACUAUGCCCACCUUGGACUGAGAAGCAGUCAUACUCAAAGAAUCGAACAUGGAAGUGAAAGAGAGCAUGACUCAAGAAGACGUCCACACCUGUCCUCUCCUUCAGGCUCAGUGGGGUCUGAAGAACCUGUGACACACAGUGUUUUAAAGACUGAAUACAUUGAGCGAGACAACAGAAAAUAUUACCUAGACCUUAAAGAGAACCAGCGUGGUCGUUUUUUAAGGAUCAGGCAAACAAUGACAAGAGGACCUGGAAUGAUUGGCUAUUUUGGUCAAAGUCUGGGCCAGGAGCAGACUAUAGUUCUGCCAGCGCAAGGUAUGAUUGAGUUCAGGGAUGCAUUGGUACAGCUUAUUGAAGACUAUGGAGAAGGUGAUAUAGAAGAAAGAAGAGUGGGAGUAGAUGAACCUCCAGAGCUUCCAGAAGGGACUUCAUUCCGAGUAGACAACAAGAGAUUCUACUUUGAUGUGGGUUCCAACAGAUAUGGAAUAUUCUUAAGGGUAAGCGAGGUCAGACCACCUUACCGCAACACUAUCACUGUCCCUUACAAAGUGUGGACUAGGUUUGGAGAUAACUUUAUCAAGUAUGAAGAAGAGAUGAGGAAAAUAUACCACAGCCAUAAAGAAAAAAGGAUGGAUGUGCGAGUGGAUAGCACUGAAGAGCCAGAGUGUCCUGAAUAGAGCAUUUGCUGUUUGAACGUCUGGCAUAGUUUUACAUUGAAUUCUCCAUUUAUUCAAAAGAAAAAAAAUCUUUUUUUUUCUCUCUCCCUACUUUUUGUUCAUUUUUUUUUUUUUUCAUUUUUUCAGCUUUUGUUCAUUCUUUUUUUUUUCUAACUUUUUUUAUUUUAUUUUUUUAAUUUUCAUUUUUUGUUCAUUUUUUUUUUGCCGACUUGAAAUAUAAUACUUAAGAGUCUGGUAUCUGUGCUUAAACUACAACAACAACAAAAACUCUUGAGUAUACCAGCCUCUUUUAUAGCUGCUUCAGUAGAUUUAAAAAUUCUAGAAGUAAGUUUUGAUCAGCACAAAGUUCAACACUAAAAUACCUUAGGUAAGGCUUGAAUUGCACUAUCAAAGCAAAUUCUAUAUAUCUAUAUUUCUAUGUAUAUAGAUAUAUUCUAUACAUAAGGUAAGAAUAUUAUCUGAAGUUGCUUUUAUGUAUUUGGUUUAAAAUAGAAAUGCUCUGAUACAACUAUAUGCAGGGUAUUUAUUACUGAGAAUGUAUAAGACAUGCAUUUACAUUUUCCGAGUGUCUAAUGCUCAACUUUUGAGUUUCUGCUGGAUUUAACAGAUAAGCAAGUAUAUGAUAGCUAGACGGUGUGUAUUAGGUCUCUGCUGUUUACAGCCAAGGAAUUUUUACACCUCAAGAUGAAAAAAAAACCACUGUUAAUCUGUCUAUAUUGUAGCUGCAUAGUUAAAGAACAAAAAAAUAAAAGGGUAAAAGAGUUUUUAACCCUU